UUUAGCGCCUCUUUCUCCUUCAUCCGUUGCCUUCAAACCCAAGCUGCCAGUCCAUGUAGCGACACAGAGUUUUAAGCUUUCAAGCCAAAAUCGAAAAAUGAGGAAUGCCCAAAUACCCAAAUUCAAAUCAUUGAUCUCGUUAAAAGAAACAGAAGCAAAUUCCCUUUUAUGGCCGCCAAAAUUUUCUUCACUGUCAUCAUCUUUGCAACAAUAUAUCAAUUCAGACACUCCUAUUUUUGGACAAAAGAUUCAUUCAUACAUUUUGAAAACUGGGUAUCAACCCAAUACCAAUAUACGUAUCAAAUUGUUAGUACUUUACUUGAAAAGUUCUUGUCUUUUUUAUGGCCGCCAAGUGUUUGAUGAAAUGCGUCAACCAACUCUCUCUGCUUAUAAUUACAUGAUUUCUGGGUAUGUGAAACAUGGGUUUGUCUUAGAAUGUUUUAAUAUGGUUAGAAAGUUGUGUCUUUGUGGUGAAACUCCAGAUAAGUUUACACUAUCAAUGAUUUUGAAGGGGUCUACUAUUAGCUAUGUAGAGUCGUAUUCUCUGGGUAUUGGAAAGCAGGUUCAUGCCCAGGUGAUUAAAUGUGAUGUUGAGGGUGAUGAUGUGCUUUAUACUGGGUUAGUUGAUUCGUAUGUGAAGAGUGGGAGGGUGGAUUAUGCGAGGAGAGUGUUUGAUUUGAUGUUGGAAAGGAGUGUUGUUUGCUCGACGUCGUUGAUAACAGGGUAUAUGAAUCAGGGUUACAUUGAGGAUGCUGAAGAUGUGUUUAGUAAAACAAUGGAGAAAGAUGUUGUGGCGUUCAAUGCGAUGAUUGAAGGUUAUAGUAAACAGAUUGAAAAUGCUAAGAAGGCGAUUGAGGUUUAUAUUGACAUGCAACGUUUCGGUUUUAGGCCUAAUAUUUCUACUUUUGCAAGUAUAAUUGGGGCUUGUUCUGCUCUAGCAGCAUCUGAAAUUGGUCAACAGGUUCAAGGACAGCUGAUGAAGACUGAGUUAAUUGAGCACGUUAAAACUGCAAGUGCUUUAAUUGACAUGUAUUCUAAGUGUGGAUUGGUUGAGGAUGCAAGAAGAGUCUUUGACCACAUGCAUGAGAAGAAUGUCUUCUCUUGGACUUCCAUGAUUGAUGGAUACGGGAAAAACGGGUAUUCCGAUGAGGCACUUGAACUAUUUAGUAUAAUGCAAGAAGAUUAUCACAUUGUUCCAAAUUAUGUUACAUUUCUAAGUGCUCUCUCAGCUUGUGCGCAUUCCGGACUAGUUGUUAAAGGAAGAGAGAUUUUUGAAAGUAUGGAGAGAGAUUACUAUAUGAAGCCAAGGAUGGAGCAUUAUGCUUGCAUGGUUGAUCUCUUUGGACGCUCAGGGAGCUUAAAUCAGGCAUUAGAGUUUGUAAUUAAUAUGACUGAAAGUCCAGAUUCUGAUGUUUGGGCAGCUUUACUCAGUUCUUGUAGAGUGCAUGGAGAUGUGGAAUUGGCAAAUUUAGCUGCCAAUGAGCUUUUCAAGCUAAGUAGUGGUAGUCGUCCAGGGGCAUAUGUUGCACUAUCUAAUGCUCUUGCAGAUGCUGGUAGAUGGGAUGGUGUGAGUGAACUUAGGGAGAUUAUGAAGAUUAGAGGAAUAUCAAAGGGCACAGGCUUCAGUUGGGUUGGCAGUGAUGGUAGUUUGAAAGCUUUUUUUGCUGGACAACAGACAUAACUAAAGUUUAAGAUCUCCAGAGCCUGGUAGUAAAGAAAGGCAUCAUUGCCAAUCUGAAGCGACUUAACCAUGCCUGAACAGGAAGAUAGAAAAUUGACACGUCACUAGUUGAAGUUACACAAAUGGAAUAUAUACCUCCUCAGCUGCAUGGUUUGGCUUUCUUCACCCUUGUACAAGGAUUCAAGUUCAUAUACUUGAGUUUGUUUCUAUCUCCUUCAAGGAUUCAAUCCUUUUAUUGUUCCUAUCUUUCAAAUUCAAGUCUCCCGCUAUCCACACUCGUGUCAGGGGUGAAGAGAAAUAAUUUAUUCAUAGUCAAAUCAUACUAGCAGAGUCUGCUAGUGAGAGAGGAUUCCACUUUCCCGCAUUUAUCGAUCAGGAUCCUCAAGGCACCAAGAAGGCAUUGACAGGGACAUAAUGUGAUGCUUCUGUUAAGGAUUUGUGGAACUAAAUAUUCUAUGCUUGGAUGUUGGAAUUUGCUGUUUCAUGAUUGUGAAAUUGUCAAGAGGAUGAAACUUAUCAGUGCACAUUGUGAAAUUGCUGUCUCAUGAUUAUGAAGUUGGAAGUUACACGCUUAAGGUCUCUUUGGUUCAUGAAUAUUGGGGCCAUCAGAAGUUCUUCCCGCAUGUUGUAGGAUAAAAUAAACAGUCUACAUUUCUUCCCGCAUAUGAUAUUUAUCUUGAGCUAGUAACAAGUUCUAAUUUUAACUGCAUGUUGUUGACUAACCAUUGUUCUUAUGCAUGAAUAGGAUUCAUAGAGGGUAGUCUGAUGAUGCUGUCAUUAAAAUACUGGUGUAUGGCCUCAAAGAUAGUCAGUGUCACUUAACGUCUGAGCUACAAGUAUCUUGCAUGGAUUAAUCCUCUUCACAAGAUCUUAUACACACGAAACAUUUGUCAUAAAUGAGGUAGCUGGGAAGUCCUAUCAAGAAAAUCCAUCAAUCCAUGUUCUGCUGCCCCACCGAUCACCAGGUCUCGCAUAGCAGGUCUCUAGCAAUGGAGCUUUCGUCUUCAAUCCCAAUUGACAAGUCACAGUGCCAUCUGUUUUAUGGAAAAAAAAACUUCUCAUUAGCCUCAAGGAGCAGUCUCUGCCCUUCAGGUGAGCACUCUGUGGUGAACACUUUGUUGAAACCUGGUCACUUUGCAAUAGCUCGCAAGAUGUAAACCGCACUAGGCAAGCCUUAUGCGCGAGCUCAUAAAUGAGUAGCAGACAGAGGCUGAAUUCGAUCCCAUGGAAGAUUUGCCUCCCAACUGCUCAAUCAUGUCCGUGAGGGCUAUAUUGAAUAUGUUAUUAUCGUUGUUAUCGACUAAAUUAAAAAAUAAAUGUAAAGGUGCAAGACUCAAUGUGGGGUGAUGUAAUUCAAUUGUCUCUUCUUCUCAACAUGGUUCAUAGAAAAAGAAAAAAGCAAGGCAAGGAAUCCAUAAGAAACAAAUGGAUUAGUUAAAAUUCAUCAGAA